AGUUUGAUUAGCACAGCUCUGAUUAUUAAUAAGCAGCAUCUAAACAUACCAAAACAACCAUGUCAUCUGUUCCCCAGGAGUUGAAAGACACUUCGGUGGCAAGCUCCAAAUGGCUCGAUGCCCACUAUGACCCAGUUGCCAACCUGUACACCUUCUCCUCAUGCAUUGCUCUUUCAGAUUUGCAUGGCGAUGGUGAAAAUAAGCUGGUAGUAGGUGAUCUUGGCACAGGCUUGUGUAACAUGAAGCUGAAGGUGUAUCGUGGCACCGGUCUGCUGAGUGAGAGCACCCUGCUGGACUUGCCCACCGGCCUGGUCUCCUUCCUCAUGGACCUGCACGAGCCGAGAACACCGGCCAUCGCUGUGGCCUCGGGUCCCUUCAUCUACGUCUACAAGAACAUGAGACCCUACUUCAAAUUUACGCUCCCUAGCCUGGAUAUAAACCCUCUUGAGCAGGACGUCUGGUGUCAGGCCAAGGAGGACAUGAUUGAUCCAAUGACCCUUAAAGAGAUGUUAGAAGGAUUAAGGGACAAAUCAGAAAUUCCACUGUCUGUCAGAUCACUACGGUUUCUGAUGCUCGAGCCACAUGAAAUGGAGAAUUUUGUUCAUCUUCACAAAGAACAGCCUAUACGUAGACAGACGGUCAUUACCUGUAUUGGAACAUUAAAGAAGAACAUGGCGGAUGAGGAUGCAGUCAGUUGCCUAGUGAUUGGGACAGAGAAUGGGGAUGUUUACAUAUUGGAUCCAGAAGCCUUUACCAUUCUCUACAAGAUGUCACUGCCUAGUACGCCCACUCUUAUGGACGUGACAGGUCAGUUUGAUGUGGAGUUUCGUAUCACUGUGGCCUGUCGGAAUGGCAACAUAUACAUACUACGCAGGGAUUCCCCAAAGCCCAAGUACUGCAUUGAGCUUUCUUCUCACCCAGUGGGACUGGUUAGAAUGGGAAAGAAUGUGGUUGUAGGAUGUACUCAUGAGACACUGCAUGGUUACACUCAAAAGGGGAAAAAGCUGUGGACAGCUUAUUUGCCAGCCCCUGUUACCACCAUGGCACUGAUGGAUCUCCCCACACGAGGAUUCCAGGCUGUGCUGGUUGGUCUGGCCAACUGUGAAGUACACAUGUACAGAGACAAAAACCUUAUCGGCACUAUCAAGACUCCGGAUGUAGUGACAAGCAUUUGUUUUGGUCGCUAUGGACGGGAAGACGGCACUCUGAUAAUGACCACUAAAGGAGGAGGUUUGAUUGUGAAGAUCCUAAAGAGGACAGCUGUGUUUGAUGACAGGGACUCGACCCCUGGACCCCCAAUAGCCCAGAGCAUCCGUCUAAAUGUGCCCAAGAAGACCAAGCUCUAUGUGGACCAGACUCUGAGAGAGCGUGAAAAUGCUAUUGCCAUGCACCGGGCAUUUCAGAUGGACCUGAGCAGGCUGCGUUUAGCUGCAGCACGGGCCUAUGUCAAAGCCCUGGAGUCCAGCCUCACACCAAUGUCCGCCAGCCUGACUGAGCCACUCAAGAUGAACGCUGUGGUUCAAGGGCUGGGUCCAUCUUUCAAGCUCACUCUGAAUAUCCAGAACACUGCUGCGUCCCGUCCUGUUAUGAACCUAGCCAUCAGUUUUCUGUAUGAUGAAAGUUUGUACAGCAUGAGAACGGCUUUCUUUAAGAUCCCCCUGCUGGUUCCAGGGCUAAAUUACCCUAUUGACACUUUUGUGGAGUGCUUAAGCGACAAAGGCGUCUCUGACAUUAUCAAAGUGUUUGUGCUGAGGGAAGGAAAGAGUGCCCCUCUCCUCACCGCCCACAUCAAUAUGCCCGUGAGUGAAGGACUUGCACUGAACUGAGAGUCGGGACGUGUCAAACUGAGCUUCACAGGCGUCUUCAACUCUCGCUGUUCUCCUAACAGCGGUCAGCAGCAAGGCUUCUCCACACAGCUGCCUGGCUGAACGGAGAGCUUUUCAUCCCAGGAGUGAAGUGAAGCUUGUGCUGGCCAUAGAGCCGGUGCUUCCUGUAGUUUAGAUCAGGAUGGAGGGAGGCUUGUCUUCAAAGGUAACACCUCUGUAUCUCGUGAUGGCUAGUGACUGGAGGAUUUGAUUGACAGCUGAAAGGCUAAAUGCUCUGCAAGUCAUAUAGUUUGGAUGUUAGAGAUGUUCAAUUUUUAAUUAUGAGUAGCGAUGUAUAUUUGUAAGUAAGUGAUCUCAGACUUUUUAAUUUAGUCACAAGGCUUUAUUGAAUCAUUUAUUGCAUGAGCAAUCUCCAUGGAGGUAAUAUUAGAAGACUUUCAAGGCAGCACAGCAAGAAAAAGAUUAGAAUACUUUUUUAAUGCACUUGAAGGGUAAACAAAUCUGAAAGGCAUCUCAACAUAGUAUUAUUUUUAUUUAUCAAUUAUUGCAAUAUAAUUAGAAACACCACAGUGGUUUAAAUAGUGUUGUUUGUUUAUAAAUCAUUUUGUAUGUCUAAAAAUAAUAAAUUAUAUCAUAAUAAAAAAUAAAUGUAAAAAAAAAAAAACUUUAAUAAAUGUAGCAGUUUAUAAAUGGUAAGAAAAACUGCUCUGAGAAAACUAAAACUCCUAAAAUGCAACUAUUAACCCUUUUAUUUUUUGAACUGUUGUGUAUAUUCAAUAUCACAAAACUCCAUACAGCAAUAUAUUUGUUAUUAAACUUGAAUUUUAGGCCGUUCUAUAUGCAUUAUAUUAGGCUUCAUCAUGCAAAUAAAUGCUUUUGGAAUCUCAA